CUUCACGUCAGAAUGCGACGCACUGUUUCGUGAAAGGGGGAGGGCCUUCCACUGACUGUUUUUAUUUAUUUCUUUGUUUCAUGUGCAUAAAACAAAUACAAUGGGUAAAAAUUGAAGAACCGCUCAUAGUAGCAUGACUGUAUAACAUUUCCGUUGCAUUUACCAGAGCGGUAUCAGAGGUGAAUCAACAGGGGGAGGAUGAAGCGGCGCAAUGCGGACUGCAGCAAACUCCGACGGCCGUUAAAACGGAACAGAAUUACCGAGGGUAUAUAUAGCAGUACUUUCCUAUACCUGAAGUUCCUGGUAGUGUGGGUGUUGGUGCUGCUAGCAGACUUUGUACUGGAGUUCAGGUUUGAGUACCUGUGGCCCUUCUGGCUUUUCAUCAGAAGUGUCUACGACUCGUUCAGAUACCAGGGGCUGGCCUUCUCGGUGUUCUUUGUGUGUGUAGCGUUUACGUCCGACAUCAUCUGCCUCCUCUUCAUCCCCGUCCAGUGGCUGUUCUUUGCCGCUAGCACCUACGUAUGGGUCCAGUAUGUCUGGCACACAGAACGAGGAGUGUGUCUGCCCACCGUGUCGCUAUGGAUACUCUUUGUGUACAUCGAGGCCGCCAUCCGCUUCAAAGACCUGAAGAACUUCCAUGUUGACCUGUGUCGUCCGUUUGCUGCUCACUGCAUCGGGUACCCGGUGGUCACGCUGGGUUUCGGUUUCAAGAGCUACGUCAGCUACAAGAUGCGCCUCCGCAAACAGAAGGAGGUGCAGAAGGAGAACGAGUUCUACAUGCAGCUGCUGCAGCAGGCACUGCCUCCUGAGCAACAGAUGCUGCAGCGGCAGGAGAGGGAGGCCGAGGAAGCGGCUCUAUCCAAGGGGGUGACGGUGACGGAGGUGGAGCCCACGCCGCCUGUGUGUCAGAACGGCGCUCCGCCGGGGAAGAAGAGCUCCCAGAGCGCCCAGCUUCCGGAGCUGGAGUACCGGGAGAAAGGGCGGGACAGCAACGGGAAGGAGAGGGAGGGUAAAAAACAGCACCCGGUUGGGAUCAACAACAACAGCAUCGUGCACACAAUAGACUCCAGGGUGCAGGAGACGGACUUUGUGGAGAACCACAUCGGGGGGAAGAGACUGAACAAUGACUUGGUGGGGGAGCACACGCACGCUGACCCCACUCAGAUCCCCAAAGAGGAAACGGCCACAACAACGGCUGUGGCUGCAACAGCGGGGAAAAGCACGAAAAAUCUGGGCGGAGGGGGUGGGGCCGGGUCCAGCUCCUCCCCCCGAAGCCACAGCUCGUCCAAUGGGAGCGUGCCGUCGGGUUCCACGUCCUCCAGUAAGAACGAGAAGAAGCAGAAGGGAGGCGGGAAGAGUCCCAAAGACCCGGUGGAGAACUGCAUCCCUAAUAACCAGCUGGGCAAGACGGACACGUUAGUACGGCUGGAGCAGGACGUGAAGCGUCUGAAGGCGGACCUGCAGGCCAGCCGGCAGCUGGAGUCAGAGCUCCGCAGCCAGCUGUCCUCCCUCAGCAGCCAGGACCGCAGCCUGCGCUCCGAGCUGGGCCAGCUCCGCCAGGACAAUGAGCUGCUGCAGAACAAGCUCCAUAGUGCGGUGCAGGCCAAGCAGAAGGACAAGCAGACCAUCUCCCAGCUGGAGAAGCGUCUGAAGGCGGAGCAGGAGGCCCGGGCACUGGCUGAGAAGCAGCUGGCGGACGAGAGGAAGAGGAAGAAGGUGGAGGAGGCCACCGCCGCCCGGGCUGUGGCACUGGCCGCCGCCACCAGGGGGGAGUGCACCGACUCCCUACGCGGCCGCAUCAGAGACCUGGAGACGGAGUGUAAGAAGAUGGGCAUGGACGUGAAGCUGAAGGAGGAGCAGAUCAGGGAUCUGGACGGAAAGUGUCAGGAGCUGAGAAAGUACAAGGAGAACGAGAAGGACACGGAGGUCCUGAUGUCAGCGCUGUCUGCCAUGCAGGAGAAGACCCAGCACCUGGAGAACAGCCUGAGCGCCGAGACCCGAAUCAAACUGGACCUCUUCUCAGCGCUGGGCGACGCCAAGAGGCAGCUGGAGAUAGCCCAAGGCCAGCUCCAUCAGCGAGAGCAAGAGAUAGCGGACCUCAAGCAGCGGAUUGCGGAGGUGAUGGCGGUGAUGCCCAGCCUGUCCUACUCUUCGGACGGCGGGAACCACAGCCCCGUUGCGCCCCACUACUCCUCCAAGUUCAUGGACAGCAGCCCCUCCUCCCUGGACCCCAACGCCUCCGUCUACCAGCCCCUCAAGAAGUGAACCCCCAGGGGACCGGGGACACAAUUGUGGAUUUAGUUUCCCCUCUUGUUUAAUUCCGUAUGUUUGUGUGACAGUCCCUGAGGAUUUUCUGGUCACCAUACAUACAGUUUCCAUUGGAAAACUGGUACGCGCAAACUCGUGCUCGCUCCUGGUUCUUCUGGUUCAGCUGGACUGGGGUUCUGGUUCUGAGAACCAGAGGGCGUUGCUAACGAGGUGUUUAUUUUUGAUGUUCUUUUUUUAUCGUACAUUAUUUUGGCUGCUGUUGUUACUGCGUUUGAUUGUUUGUUGGGAUGUAGCCAUGACAGGAUCCGAUAUGUAUCUAGGUAAAAGCCAACCAAGAAGUUAAAAGAAAAGAGAAGACCGUGUUGCAUCUGUCAUUUGGGUUUGGUUUUUCCACGGGAUCUUGAUCAAUUAGAUAAAACACACCGCAAUGGGCGUAAAAAAAAAGUGUCUGUUAAGUAAAAAAACAAAACUAUUUUGGGAUAGAUGAAUGUACAAGUACUUUUCAUGUUUUGAAUAUCAUCAAUGAUCGUUUGUUUUGUACUGAAUGUGUUUCAGCUCGCUCGAGAAAUGUACUUUUGUUACUGACCUUGUGAUAUAGCACAGGUAGACAUUUUGUUUGUUCCUCAGACGUUUUUUUUGAAGGUUGAACCACAUAUGCCCCUGGUGCAUAAUGGAAAGGUCAAAUACCAUACCAGAAAAGUAGAUGGUGACUUAUCAUAGAUUUGACUAGGCGCUGCCAAACAAUCUUGAAUUUAUUUUUAUGUUGUUGAUGAUGAUGCCCUUCAUCCACCCUCAUUGGGACCAAAUUGGAAACUGUUAGGCCAUAUUAUUCUUCUGUGGAUUUAAUGAUGUCUGGGUAACCCGGCUGUUACCGUCUUGCUGUUUUACAGUGCCUUGCGAUUUGUCUUUUAUAAGAUGUAGAACCAUACUCUCAUUCCCACACUAGGCUCUGGUUCUCACCCCCUAGCAUUUGCGUGGUUUUCGUUUCUACAAUGUAUUUCCAUGGUAACAGUAUUAGGAGGAAGUGUCCACCCUGCCCCUAGAUUCUACAAAGCAUAACCAACCCAAUCAGAUUGUCUAAUCAAGCCCUACAGCUGGCAUUUAGUUGUUUACGACAAUGUACAUUGCAAUGCUGAGGAAUGUUUUAAUUUAUCUACUUCUGUUAUUAAGUGCCAAGUGUUGAAGUGUUUCUUUGGAUCGGUUUACAUCCAUACUUUCAAUUGGUGUAGUGUGUGUACAAUGUUUAAAGAAGAGUACUGUUUUUCUUUUUGUCAUUACAACCUUCUUGAAUGGUGUUCGUUGUAUUAACGAGGUCGUAGGUGAAUAUGGUGCAGCGCUUAGGCAGCCAGACGGAUUCAUAGUGUUCACUUCGUCUAUUUUUCCCUUCGCAUUUAUUUAUUUGUCGAGAGACUUUAUGGUUCCGUUAAGCGGCUUCUCUCUGGGUUGCCGUCUUCCUCCUCGCCAGAGGGAACUGUGAAUUACUCGUGUUGAUGGGGAGUAGUUUGCCCUGGUCGUGGCGGUCACAGUGUGUCGCACGGGGCCGGAGUUUACCCAACCCCCCACCCUGACGGUGCGCUCAAGUAUUUAUGUGGAUUACUAUGACAUUGUGAAUUUAGUUCUUGAUGUGGUUUUUGACAAUAUUUGGAAGAAGAAUGAGGGGAUGUAUGCAUAAGAAGUGCUUCAUUUGAACUCUGCAUCGUCCCACCAUGUUGAGUCUCGUCUCUUCCAAAAGAUGUUCCUGUGUCUUCUCUCUGGCGCUCGCUGAGCGUCACAAUUAAAGAACGUUUUGCUGGUG